CUUUGGCUCAUGCAAGUGCAUGUGAGCUCGAAAGCGAAUGCAAAUUUGCAGCGCCGCAAAGGCUUCGAGCGCCACAAUGAUAAUUCACUACAACGCGAACUAUCGCCGCAGACGGAUGUACGUGCGCGUGCAAAAGUCGAAAAUAUUCUGAAAAAAUAAUUUUCAAAUAUCUCACAAGUAUAGCAAUUGAUUUAAGGGAGAAAGAACCCCAAGCUAAACUGCAAUCGGUAGUGAAGUUACAGUUCUAGUUACGAGUUGUUCUACAGUUCAAAUAAAAAGUUGUACUAAGCUCAAAACUCAGUUCAAAAACAUUAGCAACAACGCUUUGAAAUUUAAAGUACAAAUUGAUUAAGUGGAAAGGCUGAGAACAUUUCACGAUUCCGCGUGUGACGAUGCAUUGUAAUUGAAUCGCUGCUAGCUCGUCGAUUUGUUGUAACCUAGUAUUCGCUGAAUGAACAUUUAAAGUUGCGUUUACGCGGCAAAACAAAGAAACAAGCGAAAAAAACAAAUUGAAUCAAGAAAAAUAGACCGAAAUUGAAAGCGGACUGAAAAAAUCAACGUUUUGAAUUAUCCAAUCAAAGAUUGACAAAAGUACAAACAAAAGUGAAUCGAAGGAGCGUGAUAAUAGUAUUUGCAACAACGAUUCUCGAACGCUAAAGAUCUUAUCGUAGACUUUUGGUGAAUUGUUUUCAAACAUUUCCAACACAAUUCAAUUAAUAAAUCGACCAAAUGAGUGUCGAAGAGAACUAUUCUGUUCUACAAACUUAAACGUCCAUUUCUUAAUUAAAACAAUAACAAACUUGUAAUGGACUGGCUAUUGGCAACACCGCAGUUACAUAGCGCCUUCUCUUCAUUGGGUUCCCUUGAAGGGGACACCUACGUUGUUGGUCCUGAUGCGUUAGCUAUCCUGGAGGAAAUAAACUAUAAACUAACCUAUGAAGACCAGACGUUACGCACCUUUAGGCGCGCCAUCGGCUUCAGCCAGAAUGUGCGUUCCGAUCUGAUACCGCUGCUGGAGAAUACCAAGGAUGAUGCUGUGCUCGAUUCGGUCAUACGCAUCUUGGUUAACUUGACUGUGCCUGUUGAGUGCCUCUUCUCGGUAGAUGUUAUGUAUCGCACCGAAGUCGGUCGACAUACCAUCUUCGAGUUGAAUAAGCUGCUCUAUACAAGCAAGGAGGCCUUUACCGAUCCGAAAAGCACAAAAUCUGUUGUCGAGUACAUGAAACACCUGCUGGAGUCCGAUUCGAAAUUGUCAUUGCAAAAAUGUGACAAAAUCAACAAUUGCUUGCUGUUGCUGCGCAACGUUUUACACAUUCCAGAGACGAAUGUGAACUUGGUUAUGCCCUCAGCACAUUCUCAGCAGGGCGGUUCGCACCCGGUGUCGAUGCAGAAUGCGAUACUCUGGAACCUUUUCAUACAAAGCAUUGACAAGCUGCUGCUCUACCUUAUGACAUGUCCGCACCGCGCCUUUUGGGGUGUCACCAUGGUGCAGCUGAUCGCGUUGAUGUACAAAGAUCAGCAUGUCAGCACACUGCAAAAGCUGUUGAAUUUUUGGUUUGAUGCUUCGCUAUCGGAGAGUUCGGAGGAUAACGAGAGCAAUACCUCGCCACCGAAACAGGGUAGCGGUGACUCUAGUCCCAUGCUUACAUCGGAUCCCACUUCUGAUUCAUCGGACAAUGGUAGCAACGGCUGCAAGAACGAGAGCGCCGAAGAUCGCCGGCAGGCCAUGCGCGAGGAGGCCACGGAAGCCAUGUUGCAGGAAGUUAGCCGCAAGGGACACGAAUAUCAAAACUCGAUGUGUGACGCGCAGGUGAAAAAGGAGGAUUUGUGUAGCGCUGACAACAAUGUCGACUGCGAACAGCCGUGCACAUCGCCAACGGCUGACGACAUGACGCGUAUACACAUAAAAGUCGAAGCAAUGGAUGAGAUGGCCGAUGGUGAUGAAGUUGAACGAGGCGGCGGUUCGGACGAGUCGGCCGACUCAAAACAACCUAGCGGUAUGAUUGAAGAUUGCAACAACCAACAACAACAACAACAACCAGCUAAACGCAGUCAACACACUACCCUCAAGCCGAAGCAAAUCGACGCAGAUGCGACUAAAUUCAAAGCGCCACCAGUGGUAGCGAAAUCCAAGCAGACGUUGUCGGGAUCGGCUUACAUGAAUGCCGAUGAGGUCAAUCCGAUGCCGAAGCUUUGCCAAAAGGUGCCGCAUGCCGGCCAGCUGAGCCUAACAAAGGGUAACAGUGGCCCUCAGAAGCGCGAAUGCCCCUCCUCACAAUCGGAGUUAUCGGAUUGCGGCUACGUUACACAGGUGGAGAAUCAGGAAUCCAUAUCCACCUCGAGUAAUGACGAUGAUGGUCCACAGGGCAGGCCGCAACAUCAGAAACCACCGUGCAACAGUAAACAGCGUAGCAAGCAGCGAAUUGUGAUGGCCACGGUGGACAAGAAGGAUACGCGCCGAAAGAAGCUCGUCAAGCGCAGCAAGAGUAGCCUUAUCAGCAUGAAGGGUCUGGUACAACACACACCAACCGAUGAAGAUAUCUCGAAUCUGCUGAAGGAGUUCACAGUCGAUUUCCUACUCAAAGGCUAUGACUGCCUGGUGGGCGAGUUGCACUCACAGCUGCUGACCAAUAUCAAAAUACCCAUCGACACAUCACAUUUCUUCUGGUUGGUCACCUACUUCUUGAAAUUUGCCGCUCAGCUGGAGUUGGAUAUGGAGCACAUUAGUGCAGUGCUUACCUAUGAUGUCAUCAGCUAUUUGACUUAUGAAGGUGUAACGCUUUGCGAGCAAUUGGAAUUGAAUUCACUCCAGGAGGGCAGUGAUCUGAAGCCAUAUUUGCGACGCAUUCAUUUGGUCGUAACGGCCAUACGAGAGUUUUUGCAAGCGAUUGAGACCUACAAAAAAAUAAACCAUUUGAGUGAAGAUGAUCGUUUACACUUGCGACGUCUACAAAGUCAAAUCAGUUCCACUGAAGAUUUGCGUUGCCUAUUCGUUUUACUUUUACGACGAUUCAAUCCAAAUCUGCACACCAAACAGUAUCUACAAGAUUUAGUAGUGACAAAUCAUUUACUACUUUUGAUUAUGGAUUUCAUCACACAAACCGAAGGCGAUACCAGCAGCAUCAAAAUGACCGAGCAUAUAUCUCAAUUUGCAACACUCGAGAUAAUGAACUACUAUGGCAUGCUUUUGGAGGACUUCAACAAUAAUGGCGAGUUCGUUAACGAUUGCAUAUUUACAAUGAUGCAUCAUGUUGGCGGUGAUCUGGGUCAGAUUGGCACGCUAUUCCAACCGAUUAUAUUGAAGACAUUCUCGCGCCUUUGGGAGACCGAUUAUGAGUUGUGUGAUGAUUGGUCCGAUUUGAUUGAGUAUGUCAUACAUAAAUUCAUAAAAACACCACAAAAGAGUCCGCUGUCCCUGCCAAAGGCGUCACUCACCGAACUAACCAAGGAACACAACUUGGAGAAUACAAUGUGCGCUUGGACUCAGGAGGAAAUGGACACGUUGUACUGGUACUAUGUGCAAAGCAAGAAGAAUAAUGAUGUUGUUGGCAAAAUUGUGAAGCUAUUCAGCAACAAUGGCAAUAAGCAGAAGUCUCGCAUUUCCAUUGUACAGCAGCUACUGCAGCAAGAUAUCAUAACCCUAGUGGAGUAUGAUGAUCUCAUGAAAUUCGAGGAUGCCGAGUACCAACGCGCAUUACUUACCACACCAACUUCGACUUCUACCGAAUCGGGCAUCGACUUAAAGAAUUCCUCAAGUUUUGCUAAGCCUUCUGAUGAUAUACAGAUUCUACGUGACCUUAUAGUUAAAGAGAAUAAGGAAAAACAUCUGGUUUGGUUGCAAAAAAUAUUGCUUGAGUGUUGUUAUAUAAAGCUGAUUUUGAAGAACUGUUUACAACGUGAAGAUCGACAGGAUUUGCAGUAUGUUAUGGAACCAGUGGCCUAUCAUUGUAUAUUUAAAAACAAAUCGAUUCCUGUCGUGCAAUGGAACAGCGAGCAGCGAACAACAAUGCUCUAUCAACCCUUCGUACUUCUAUUACACAAGCUUGGAUUUCAAUUACCUGCCGAUGCGGGUUCGAUUUUUGCACGCAUUCCCGAUUUCUGGACCGCAGAAAUGAUGUUCAGUUUGGCGCGCAAACUGGGACCCCUGGACAAAUUGUUGAUCAAGUUCGAUAUGAGUCAGUUUGAGGAAGCAAAUGCAAUAGAGUCGCAGCGUUGUUAUCACGCAACAGCCGCACGUGGUUCGCUUUCCUCAAUGUCCAGCCUGGAAAUGGAUACUGGCGGUUCCGAUGAGUACACAGCUGUGGCUAGUGUCGGCAUGGAGGAGGGUAAUCGCAAUGGUAGAUCGAGCACAAAUGGACGUUCGAGUAGUGGAAGCGGUAGUAUGUUGGCGCCAGUGCUGGAAGUUGAUGCUAGAUUGGAGAAGGCGAGCGCAUCGUCAUCCAGUGAUAUUUUUGCUAUGCCAAGAGCAAAGCAUUGUAAUUCGAUAAUAAGAUUUACACCCGAGGCCGCACCAUUGCCACCAGUACCGAAUUGGUUGCAAGUGGUAAUGCGCAGCAAGAUGAAUACAAACGCCACAGCUUCGUCCUUGGAUGUCGCUCUCAAUGGGAACAAUGUAGUUACAACAACAACAACAACAACAGCAACUGCAAAUGAAAGGAUACGCGCUUACUUUAAUGCUUUUGAACAAGCAUACACAAUGACAUAAAUAACAUUUUUAAGAUGAUAAAAAUGGGGUGGAAUAUACAGAAAUAUAUGAAACCGAAGGGAAAACGUUGUAUAAACUAUAAACAUACACACGAGUAGAAGCCCCCCUAGUAUUUCAGAUAUAUAUAUACAUAAAUAAUAUCCAAUACUAUGAAGAUUAAUGAAGAAAACUUACAUAUGUACAUAAUUGCAAUGAGCAGGUUGCAGUUUGAAAUUGAAGCAAAAUCGGAGGAUAGCAUUUUAUCGAUUGGCGUAAGCACUUAAAAUUUAUAUAAAAUGACAUAAAACUAUAUAUCUAUAACAUUUGUGGAAUUGCACAUUUUGACGAAAGUAUUUAAAUUUCUCGUUUGGCUAAUUUGUUGCUUCUGUAAUACUUAGGCACCUGUAGACAUACAUACAUUCCUAAGUACUAAUACUAACAUAAGACUCCCUUCCCUACAUAAAAUUUAACUGGUAUUUAACCAUUUGCUCCCUUUAUGAGUAAGAUAACUAAGUGUUGGCGCUUACAUAUACAUACGUACGUACUUAUUUCUACGUGCUCGGCCGAGCUUCUCCUCCAAUUUGUAUUGUGCGUCUUGAUGUUGUAGACGGGCCUAGAGUUUAACGCCGGCUAAGAACGGCAAAUUGUUUUUAUGAGCAGCUCCUUUUUCAUGGCAGAAAUGCAGACGGAGGUUUGCCAGGGGCGACCAAUUUUUUUCGAUGUUAUUGGGACAUCUGGACCUACAGAAAGGCAGCUGGUACAACUAACCACCCGGUUACGAUGGCAGCUAUUCCUUUAUAAAUACAAAUUCCAAUGAAAGUAAUGGCUAGCUAAUCAAUGAACUACUUCAGAUAUAGUCUCAACAGCUGCAGUGUGGACCUUGCACUUUCUACGGACUAGGCAAGGCAAAAAAGCCUCAUUUUAUACCUACUAAGUAUUUAAAGAAAAAUUAUUCUAUCAAAAAAUAUUAAACAGUUGGUCGCAUUUUUCGUUACUUCUCGAACUUCUGCCAAUAAUUGGUUUCGCAUAAUAAAUGAAACAAAAAAAUACUAACUUAAGAGAAGGCUUGUGACUGUUUACAUAUGUAUGUACCUCAAUAUGAUAAACCACCUAAGUCAAGACUUCCGUAUGAAGAGGCCAUUGCAUUAAAAAUUUGCAAAUAAAGAAACGCACGCAGCAGAAA